CCCCGAACCCGCCCCCGCCGGCCCCCGCGGGGGAUGCCCCGCUGAAGCGCGGGGCCGGGGAUGCGGCAGCGCGCAGCCCGCCGGCCCCGCGGAGCGCAGCGCGGAGGGGCCGCGCCGGGGGGCGGCCGCGGAGCAUGGCCAGGGCGCCCGGCCGCCCUCUCGGGGUAGCAUGGCCGUGAGCGCGGCGGCCGCCCCCGCCGCCGAGCCGCUGCCCCGCAGCAUCUUCAAGAAGUUCCUGGUGAUGCUCUGCUCCCUCCUCAUGUCCCUCUACGUCUUCUACUGCCUGGCUGACCGCUGCCAGACGCUGCCCGGACCCAUCAUCGCCGCCGGCGCCGCAUCCGAGGAGGACGAGGGCGGCGGCGGGGAGUUCCUGGGCGGCUCGGCCGAGCUGCCCCCCUGGCAGGCGGCGGCGGCGCGGCGCAAGCGGCUCCUGCAGCGGCUCAAGCAGCGGCGGCGGCGGCAGGAGGCGGCGCCGGGCGCGGAGGAGCCGGCCGGGGGCGGCGGGAGCCGGGCCGGCGGCUCGGGCGGCGGGGGCGGCGCGGCGGGCACGGCCGGCACCCUGGCCCUGCUGCUGGGCGAGGGCAGCAAGCGCCUGCCGCAGGCCAUCAUCAUCGGCGUCAAGAAGGGGGGGACGCGGGCGCUGCUGGAGUUCCUGCGGGUGCACCCCGACGUGCGCGCCGUCGGCGCCGAGCCCCACUUCUUCGACCGCAACUACGAGCGGGGACUCGCCUGGUACAGGGACCUGAUGCCCAGGACUCUGGAGGGGCAGAUCACCAUGGAGAAGACCCCCAGCUACUUUGUCACCAAGGAGGCCCCAGCCCGCAUCUCCUCCAUGUCCAAGGGCACCAAGCUGAUCGUGGUGGUGCGGGACCCCGUGACCAGAGCCAUCUCAGACUACACCCAGACGCUCUCCAAGAAGCCUGACAUCCCCACCUUUGAGAGCCUGACCUUCAAAAACAGGACUACAGGCCUGAUAGACACCUCGUGGAGCGCCAUCCAGAUUGGCAUCUACGCCAAGCACCUGGAGAACUGGCUCCUCUACUUCCCCAUCGGGCAGAUCCUCUUCGUCAGCGGGGAGAGGAUGAUCAGCGACCCCGCGGGGGAGCUGGGCAGGGUCCAGGACUUCCUGGGCCUCAAGAGGAUCAUCACUGACAAACAUUUCUACUUCAACAAGACCAAGGGCUUCCCGUGCCUGAAGAAGGCGGAGGGCAGCAGCAAACCCCACUGCCUGGGGAAGACAAAAGGCAGGACCCACCCUGACAUUGACCAGGAGGUGGUGCAGAGGCUGCGGGACUUCUACCGGCCCUUCAACAUGAAGUUCUACCAGAUGACAGGGCAGGACUUCGGCUGGGACUGAGGCUGAGAGAAAUAAUUUAAGAAAAGGAAAAUAUAAUAUAAUAUAUAUAUUUUUUUUACGUAUCGGUAGAGAGGGGGGAAAUAUGGGGGGAAAAAAAAUAAUAGCUGUGCUGAAACAUGAUUUGUUCUGAUUUGUUUGGGUUUUUUUUCUUUUUUCACACUGCUUUGUUUCCUUCCUUCUCUCGGGGAAGAGGUGCUGUGUACAUCCAGAAAAGGAGGCUGUGAACAGCAGUCUGGUCCUAUUGAUAAGAGCAGCUUCCCUCAAUGGUUUAGCACUGCCUCUGUAAAAAAAUACAGGUGCAAAGUUUUUAGAAGUGACAGGGAUGUUUGGGGUAGCUCAGAGUCUUCCUGAAUGUUCAGCCAGGUUUUGGCUUGCAAGUGCCAUUUUGGCCAGACCUCACCACUUUUGACAAUAAAACAAAGGUGGCUUAAUACCUAAUUUGGCUUUCCAAACGUUACCUUAGGGGAUUUUUUAUUGCAUGAAACAUUUGGUGAAUUUUGCUUCCACUUAUCCAAUUUUUUGUUUUACUUUUACCCCUCUUAAAUCAAGCCCUUUUCAUCAGCCAAAAUUAUUUUUCCUCUUAAGGAAGCCAAAACCAAUAAUCCUUUGUUUUGUUUUGAGGCAAAAUAAUUUUGGUAGCCAAAAGUGGAAGAACACAAAUGAUUCUUUUGACUCUGUAAUGAAAAUUGCCAAAGUAGUCAAAAGGCCUCAUUCACGGGAGCUGGCUCUAAACCAGUGUUUCCUAUUGCAUCCCUUUUACUCUGACAGCAAAAUGGUUUUCUAAGGUUGUUUUUUUUCUAAGGGGGGGCCCAUCUGAAGGGAUUUUGGGGAUGGGAAGGAAGGUGUACACUGAGAUGAUGCUCAUGGCACACCCUGAAGGUGUUGGAGGGACCCACCAGGCAUAGGCAGGAGAAUUCUUGGUGGCCAGUGGGCAUGGUUUGAGCCAUAAGGAUGAAUGUUUUAAAUUUGGCCAGUCUUAAAUAGACUGGAGGAAGGGUUGGUUGGGAAAAAGUGAACAGUAAUCAUAUCCAGAAAGAGGAAUGAGAAAACAAUAGUUCUUUCCUAAAGGAGAACUGAGGGGGAAGAUUUUAAGAGCUUUAAAAACUGUCAGGCAAAAUUAAUCUCCUUUACCACGUUGUUUUAGCUGGUGGAAAGGUUUCAGUGACAGAAAUCUGUUAGUGAAGCAGUCUUUUAUUAUCAUGGGCUCAUUUAUCUGCUGGCUCUUGAUCUUCAAGCAUUUCUAAGCUGUGGGAGCACCCAGUUAUACCUUGGUGCUGCAUAAGCAACAUGGCAAUGCUCCCUCUCCUGAGCCCAGCUUUGAAAAGUACCUGAGGAGAUAAAACAAACCAAGUGGGGAUCCCCCAGGAGUGUGGCUAGGAAGAAGCCUGGGGAUGAAGUUCACUGGCUCCCUGCAUACCAGCCAAGAUCUUAAUACAAUCCCAGCAGAGCAGAGAUUGCAAAGAGUCCAAAGGGAAUUGUAUCAGAGGUUACAAUUUCACCUGAGAGGGAGGCAUUUCCACCUUGGCAAGUUAGGAGAGGAGUUUGGUGACCCACUCAGCCUCAUGGCAGUGGAUUCCUCUGCAUGUGUGGAACCAAAUCUUCUCCUGGCUGCCCUAAACCACCUUUCUACUCAGCCCUGCAUGCCUCCUGUUCCCAAAGAUGCUGAGCCCUGGAACCUUCCUAUCCCCUGAGGACACAAACCCACAGGGUUUUGCAUGCCAGGCCCAUUUCCCAAGGGAAUGAAAAGAGCUUCAUUCAGCUCCUGAGGCCCCAGGAGCUUUUCCCACAGUUGCCAUUGCAAAGCUCUACCUGAGCCCAGGUUUCCGUGCCCCAGCUGGCAGAGAAGGGGUGGUGGGUUGGUGGCAGCAGAGGCAGACUGUGCUCAGCACUCUGUCGUGGUGUGGCACAGCUCAGUGCCACUUUCACUGCCUCCACUGAUGCUUUCCCCAUUUAUGUCCCAUUAUAAGGCCUUUAUUGGCAAUGUCCCAUGCCACAAAUGCAUAAACACUUUACCUAACAGCAGAAAGGAGGAUAAGGCAUCACACAGACCUCCAAACAUCCCUUUUCUUGCCUGCCUCCCUCCAGACCCUCAAUAUUCACACAAGACAUGAGAUGAGAAGACCAGAGAUGGUCACAGAGCUUUGGCUCCAUGAGACCAUGGUCCCUGCCAGCAUCUGCAGAUCAAAUCAGAAGCUGGGAGAGCACUGGGCUCUUGGUGAUGGUCUCUUCAGUGUGUCACAGGAGGUGAGGGGAGCAAUCUGCCUGUGCUGGUCAGAAUGGGCAGAAGGCAUAGCCAAAAGAAUGGUGGGUAAUUAUUGGGAAAAAUAUUCUUAUAGCAAGGCUUUUUGUGGCAAGAAUGGGGGAUGGAGGCCUCCCAUGCUGUGCUCUUUCAUCCAAAUGGAAAAAACAAGGUGGUAGUGAGGAUGAGGCAUGAGUCACUCACAGGCACAGCCAAACAAUGCCAACACCAGCAAGGCCCAAAAUCUGAGGUCUUCCCAGCUGAAAAGAAGAUUUAAGUGUGUCAUUUCUUUGGUGUUUCAAGGAGAGUUAAGGUUGGGGUAGUAUGGACUUGCCUUUGACAAAUGGUUGUGGUUUAAGCCCAGCUGGGAUCUCUGCCCCCUCACUCACUCUGCAGGUGAGAUGGGGAAGAGAAUUGGAAGAGUAAAUCUAAGGGAACCUCUGGGCUGAGAUAAAGACAGUUUAAUAGGUAAAGCAAAAGCUGCACACACAAGCAAAGCAAACCAAGAAAUUAUUUCCAGACUUCCCAUGGGUGCUCAGAUGCUCAUUGCCAGGGCAGCAGGGCUCCCUCAAGCUUGGAAUGGUGACUUGAGAAGACAAACAGCAUCACUCCAAAGAUUUCCUGCUUCCUUCUUUCUGCACUUUUGUAGGCUGAGCAUGAUUCCAUGUGGUCUGGAAUAUCCCUUGCAUCAGCUGUGGUCAGCUGUCCUGGCUGUGUCCCCUCCCAGCUCCUUGUGCACCCCCAGCGAGCAGGAAAAACCUUGAUGCUGUGUAAGAACUGCUCAGCCACAAUGAAAACAUCCCUGGGUUAUCAAUAUUUGUGCUUUCCCAGCACAAAUCCAAACCACAGUCCUGUGAACAAAAUGAGCUCUACUGCAGCCAAAACCAGCAGACAAAUAUAAACAUCACUUACGAGUAUGAUGUUGUAAAAAAUCAAUAUAGUUAUAUUGCUGUUUUCUCCCGUACAGUGGCAUUUGCACUACUAUAAAACAGCUUUAUAGGGCCACAGACUGGUCUCCCCAUAUUGGACAAGCCACAGCAAUACCAAGCAUUUCUUACAGCUGAGUAUCUGCACCUGCCACCAAAUCCCUGUCAUUAAACGAGCAGGGCCUUGAUGUGUACACAAGCCCAUCAAAUGUGCCUUUAAAAACUCUUCCCAGCACAUCAAGCUAAGCCACUUAGGAAUACUUUCCCCUAAAUACUUCAGUGUUUUACUCCCCCUCGUUUCCAAGGGUUUGAAUACCUUGUUGCACACCUUGUAAAGCUAUUUAGGGAUCUGAGACUGUGAUUGAUUGGUUUUGAUCUGGGCCAUAAGUAGUUUUGAAAAUCCCUCCACAUAUGAACAAUGGCUUUUAAAAAGAGGUCAUGCAACCAAAUUGCUUUGAACUCUAAUAGCAUUUAAGCCUCUAAACUCUUUAGGCUUAUUUGAAAAUCCAGCCAUGAAGUUUAGAUUAUUUUAACCUAAGAAGAAUUGGAGGUAAACUAUUGAAAACUCCAUUCCUCCAGGACCUGCAGUGCUGAGCACAUGUAUUGGAGGGGAAAUCAAAAAUAACUAUGAAUAAAAAAGUGACCUAUAUAGUGUUUUUCUUAAAAAAAAAAAAAAGGCAGAAAAAUCAAAAUACUAACUGUGAGGAAAUAAUUAGGUUAUUAAAACUGUAUGCAACAGUUUCUGAGUUUCUCUCCUCCCUCCCUUCACUUGGUGAUACUGUGAUUCUUCUCCCUUUGGUGCUAUUUCAGUAUGAAAAAAACCCUGAUUUUAAUUUAAUUUAAGAAUGAAAAAGCACACAUUUAAUAAAGUUUACGGGUACUGAGAGGCUGUGCUCUCUUUUUGCUGGUGGCAGCAAGCUGGAAAGAGGGGGCAGGUUUAUGAAAAAAGGGGGGGAAACCACAAAAUUACCCAUUUGUGUCUGAAUUUAGUCUCAUAAACCUAACUCACUCCAUGGCUCUGCCUUCUGUGAACUCCCCAGUGGCAUCAUUGGCAUUGUUCCCAUGACUUCUUGUCUUCCACCACAUCAAGGUCAAUGCCACACUCCUUUCUUUAAAUUGCAAAAAUCCUCAAACAGUCAUGUCUCCCUGUCUCCCUCAGCGCUCACCCCUUUGCUCUCCCUGGCCCUGCCACCUCCACAGCAUUUCUCCACUGAGAGGGAUGAAUUCCUGCUUCCCCUGACCUGGGGAGUUCAGGAAUGGUCCCAGUUCACACUGUGAAACCCGAGGGGAAAGGAAUUCCUCAAGAAAUAUAUACAGUGGAGAAGCCCCCCUGUAUCAGGUUUGCUGUGUGGUCAAGUAGAGUGAUAUUCUAUUUACUUUUUUAGAUGUAUAAACAGAUUAAGUCCCAGGGAAAAUAUGCUCCCAAACUUCAUAAUAUUUUAUUAAACCA